UCGUCCUAAUGAACCAUUAAACCUUUUUCCGGCGUUAUUAAUUGUUCCUUGGAAAUUUCGAAUAACCAAUUAUAAUCAUCUCGAAUUCUUCGAUGCAAUCGAUUAUUCUGACAAACUCGAAUUCAUUAAGGCAUUAAUGUUACGUGAUCAUGAGAUUAUACAUUUACUCUCGUCUCUUGCAUUAAAUAUAAAAAAUCUG